CCUCCCCGCGCCUCUGCCCUCCCCGCUCCCCGCCCCGCUCCCCGCCCCGCCCGGCCCGCCCCGCGCCGCCGCUCGCGGAGUCCGGCGGGAGGUGGCCGCGGGAUGGACAGGCGGCGGGGCGCGGCGGGGCUCUCGGACCUGAGCCCGCUGGGCGCCGCCAUCCCCGCCACGCGCGUGGAGCUGUCGGUGUCGUGCAGGAACCUCCUGGACCGAGACACCUUCUCCAAGUCGGACCCGAUCUGUGUCCUGUACGUGCAGGGAGUCGGCAACAAGGAGUGGAGAGAGUUCGGAAGGACGGAAGUCAUCGACAACACGCUGAACCCCGACUUCGUGAGGAAGUUCAUUCUGGACUACUUCUUCGAGGAGAGAGAGAACCUCCGCUUUGACCUGUAUGAUGUCGAUUCAAAGAGUCCUAACUUAUCCAAACAUGACUUCCUGGGACAAGUGUUCUGCACCUUGGGGGAGAUCGUCGGUUCCCAGGGGAGUCGGCUGGAGAAGCCCAUCUUGGGAAUUCCAGGGAAGAAAUGUGGCACCAUCAUCCUUACUGCUGAGGAGUUAAACUGUUGCAGAGAUGCUGUCCUAAUGCAAUUUUGUGCAAACAAACUGGACAAAAAGGACUUCUUUGGGAAAUCAGACCCUUUUCUCGUAUUCUACCGGAGUAAUGAAGACGGCAGCUUCACCAUCUGCCACAGGACAGAGGUGGUGAAGAACACGCUGAACCCCGUGUGGCAGGCCUUCAAGCUCUCGGUGCGGGCACUCUGCAAUGGGGACCACGACAGGACCAUCAAGGUGGAGGUCUUCGACUGGGACCGGGACGGGAGCCAUGAUUUCAUUGGAGAAUUCACAACUAGCUACAGGGAGCUUUCCAGAGGGCAGUCUCAGUUCAACGUGUACGAGGUGGUGAAUCCCAAGAAGAAAGGGAAGAAGAAGAAGUACACUAAUUCAGGGACGGUCACCCUGCUGUCCUUCCUGGUCGAGACCGAGGUCUCCUUCCUGGACUACAUCAAGGGCGGGACACAGAUCAACUUCACGGUGGCUAUCGACUUCACGGCGUCGAAUGGGAACCCCGCGCAGCCCACGUCGCUGCACUACAUGAACCCCUACCAGCUGAACGCCUACGGCAUGGCCCUGAAGGCAGUGGGCGAGAUCGUGCAGGACUACGACAGUGACAAGAUGUUCCCGGCGCUCGGCUUCGGGGCCCGGCUGCCCCCGGACGGGAGGAUCUCACACGAGUUCGCUCUGAACGGCAACCCGCAGAACCCGUACUGUGAGGGCAUCGACGGCGUGAUGGAGGCCUACUACCGCAGCCUGCGCGCCGUGCAGCUCUACGGCCCCACCAACUUCGCGCCCGUCAUCAACCACGUUGCCAGAUACGCGGCCUCUGUCAAGGACGGCUCCCAGUACUUCGUGCUGCUCAUCGUGACGGACGGCGUCAUCUCGGACAUGGCGCAGACCAAGGAGUCCAUCGUGAAUGCUUCCAAGCUGCCCAUGUCCAUCAUCAUCGUUGGCGUAGGACCUGCAGAGUUUGAUGCCAUGGUGGAGCUGGACGGCGAUGACGUCAGGGUGUCGUCCAGAGGCAAGUUCGCCGAGAGGGACAUCGUGCAGUUCGUGCCUUUCAGGGACUACAUGGACAGGAGCGGGAACCACAUCCUCAGCAUGGCCCGGCUGGCCAAGGACGUGCUGGCCGAGAUCCCCGAGCAGUUCCUGGCCUACAUGCGGGCGCACGGCGUCAAGCCCUCGCCCGCACCGCCCCCCUACACGCCCCCCACACACGUGCUGCAGACGCAGAUAUGACCGAGCCCGGGCCUUCCGGGGGCCGAGCACUCCCGGGUCCAAACGGAUUUUCCUCCUGAACCAAAACUGUAAAUACGGUGGUUGCACGGGCCCCGGGAAGCACGUGGGGCUGCUUGCGGGAGACACGGCGUCUUCUCGGACCCUCCGUGGGAGACGCUCACUCCCAGCCUCCCACCGAGAAAAGCACAAACGGGUUUGACUCGGCUCUCGUCCUCGGCCCGGGCGGAGGGGAGUCUGUGCCAACGUUUACACGCCGCUACUUUUGCAUCUGCACUUUUAUAACUGUCCGCGAGGAGCCUGACCCGGGCUGCUGGCUCGGGCCGCCGCUCCUCUCCCGAGAGCAAUACCCCGAGCAGCCGCAGUGCCGUCGGAGGCGCCUCUCCUGGCUGUUCCCGGAAGAGACCGUCCGACGUGAGGGUGUCUCUCCGGCAGCGACAGGGCGGCCCAGCGGGAGGAGCCCAUGUCCACGUGCGUGUCAGACCCUCUUCCUGACUCUCCUGUCUGACACGCACACUCAGAGGGGCCCGGCGCCCCGCCUCCCCACGCAGACACACAGCUGGAGCCUUCCGUGGCGUCCGGCUGCAGCCAGCCGGGCCGGCGGCGCCGUGCACAUGUGAUGCCGUGUGCCCCACUGCCUGGGCGCCAUGUGGGUACGGCCCGCGCCAGAAUUCCAGUUCUGUGAGGCUGUCGGUCUGACUCGGAGCGUUUCUGUAGAACAAAUGGCCUUAAAUUCUCCAGGACUCCCGGAGCAAUCGGGAACCGCCUCCGCCUACCAGAGGGUCCGCCCCCUCGAGCCCACCUUGUCCCUGCUGGGCCGUCUCCCUCCCCCCUGCCCCUCCCCCGGCUCCUUCUACCGCUCAUUCCCUUUGUCUCCAGUGGCUGAGGGUGACACUUUUAUACGCAUGGAACUAUUUUACUGAAAAGACGAAACUCUAUAUACAGAAAUUUCUCUCUACAUACGCAACGUUUCCCAUGUUCUGAUUGUGUAACAGUGUCCGUUUUUAAGUAUGUAUUAAAAUCUUUGAAAGGACAA